AGCAAGAAGAAUGUGUUAACUGCACAGAUGAAUGCAGAGUGCUUGGUCAUUCUGACAGGUGUUGGAUGCCACAGUUCCCUGCAGCCAGUCAGGCUGAGAAUGCAGAUUAUCGCACAAAUCUCUUUGUACCCACAGUUGAAGCUAAUGUUGAGACUGAGACAUACGAAACUGUGAAUCCCACUGGGAAAAAGACUUUUUGUACAUUUGGGAAAGACAAGAGAGAGCACACUAUUCUCAUUGCCAAUGUUAAACCUUACUUAAAAGCCAAACGUGCCCUGAGUCCUCUGCUUCAGGAGGUUCCCUCAGCAUCGAGCAGCCCAACCAAGACAUGCAUUGAGCCUUGCACCUCAACAAAAGGACCACUGGAUGGUUGUGAAGUGAAAUCAGGAGCCUUGGCUGAACCAAGCAGCCAGUACUUGUCAACUGACAGUCAGUAUCUAUCGCCCAGUAAACAGUCAAAAGACACUCCCUUCAUUGCAUCAGAUCAGAUGGCUAGGGCCUUUGCAGAUGUGCACUCCCGAGUGAGCCGAGACUCGAGUGAGAUGGACUCUGUUCUGGAGCAGUUAGACCGUUCAGCCCGGGAUCUAGGCAGGGAGUCGGUGGAUGCCGAGGAAGUUGUGAGAGAAAUAGACAAGCUCUUACAGGACUGUCGGGGAAGCGACCCUGUGGCCAUCAGAAAGUGAGGGGGAAAAUAAGGACAGGCUGGCAGUUAUGUUCCUCUUCUGCUGAUUAAGAGUAAAAAAAAAUAAAUCCCCUGGUUGUAACAGAUUUACGGGAAUGAAGGAAGACCAAUGCUGCUUUAAGGCUUUUAGUGAACAUCUGAAGUGCCCACAAGUAUGUUCUUUUCACUGCUCUUUCUUUUUGACAGAUAACACUGGUUUCAUUUUGACCAAACUUUCAUUAGGACAGAGUCAAGUACACUAAGAACAAAAUGAAAGAAGGAAAGACGGUGCCAUUUUGACAAUCUGAUAGGAAGGUGUGAGAAAGAUGGAAUGGAAAUACGUCUGGUACUUUAAGACUGUCCUCAAAAGCUGAUGCUAACUUUACUGUUUACGUAUAAACCCCAAGAAAAACAGGGUUGAAUAAUUCUGGUCUGUGGUGGAUUAUCAGCAGUCACCACAGGCUUCUACUGAAAGUCCUAAAAAGAGUUCUUGUAGUAGUCCAAGCGACACCAAACAUUAACAUUCAUUUGUGGUAAACAUUUAUGUACAAAGUUACCUGCCACAAAUAUGAAAAAAAAAGAGAAACAAGAAAACAAAAAAAAACCAUUCCAGACCAUUAUUCAACAAAACAUAUCCUGAUCAUUAGUAAAACACUUCAUAUCAUAUUAAGGUUAAAUGUAAAAUGAUAUAGUCCAUCUUGUCCUGCACAUACAUAAGCUAAUUCACUUGAUAAAAAAGAAAAAAAAAAAGAUUUUAAUAUCUAUUUAGCGUUUUAGUGUCCAACAAA